CAUUAAACCAGCAUUGCCAGACGCGAUUUUUCUGUGCUUGAUCGUUUCUUAUCACUGCAGGAACAAUGAAAAUCUGCAUCGUCAUUGCCCUGACCACGGCUGUCAUGCUGAUUGACCUCAUCAUCUACGCUGAUGCCUGUCAGCCAAACUAUUGGGCUGAUGGAUGUAGCGGUGUAUCUGACCUCUGGUUCACAGAUGACUGCAACAAACACGACAUAUGCUACGCUUGUGGUUACCGAUCAGGUGUUUCACGUGAGAGCUGCGAUGACCGUUGGUAUGACAACAUGAUGAACUCGUGCAGCGCGGUGAAUUGGUGGGGGCGAUGGUUCUGUCGGCUCACGGCUUGGAUUUACUACCGAUGGGUUCGGGACUGGGCAGCGAGUUCUUUUAGAGUUCCGUCCCAGGGGUUUUGCGGCGAAGGCUGGGUUCCCGCGUGUGUGUGAUGGUUAUGAGUGUAUUGUGUGAAUGUUAUAUGCUUCAAAACUGUAUACCUACAAAUGAAGUUACCUUGCACGUAAAGAGCUGAAUUUGUUCCAUAACAACCAUGCUAAUUAUCAUUAAUUGUCUGACAAAAAAAAUAUUGUUUUAAUUACCAUUCUGUCAAAUACAUACAUGAUUGUAAGCUUGCAAUGGCUUGUUUUUAUUUAAUGUCUUUGUAUUACCGAUCUUAAUAAACAUAU